AUGGGGUCGCUAUCGGCCCAGAAAGACCCCCUGGAGAUGGAGACGGAAAAGGAGCGACUGCAGCGGAGGGAGAGAGGCGAAGUACCAGCACGGUUCGGCGGAACAAGGGAGCAGGGUGUACGGAAUACAAUGACGAUGAACCCGAAUCUUCCCGCGGGCGGAGUGACAAGCGCGGUGGGGAGUUUGGGACGGAAGACUGAUCCGCUGGAUAGGAUGCCUGGGAAGGGGAACGACCGAGCGAGUGGCGACAAGAUGAGGGAUGAGCGGAUCGCGGCGAUGGGGAAGCCCCAGGCGGUUGCUCCGGGUGCGCCUGCGGCUGGAAGACCGGUGCUACGUUUUAUCGAGGUGAUAGCGAAUUCGCGAAUGGGUGGUAAAGUUCGAGUGAAAUGCCUACCGACCGACACUGUAGGCGACCUGAAACGCUUGAUCGCUGCGCAGACGGGAACGACGGCUCAAAAGAUCCAACUCAAAAAGUGGUACACCCCGUUCAAGGAUCAUAUAACACUGCAGGAUUAUGAAAUUCACGAUGGGAUGGUGAGUGCGUAG